AUGUGGUUAGGUUUAUCAAAUAUAUUAGAUGAUUGUCUUCUUAAAUAUAAUACUAUUCGAGUAUUAAUAUUAACUGGUCAUGGUCAAAUAUCAUUUUGUUCAGGUGCUGAUUUAUCCGAAAAAGAAGAUGAAGAUAUUGAUCAUACAGUACCAAAUAUACGUAUUAAACUUCUUCAAUUCCCAUUGCCUAUUAUUGCAAAAAUCCAUGGUUAUUGUUUAGGUGGUGGUCUUGCAUUAGCUAUGAAUGUUGAUAUUCGUAUCGCAUCUCAAAAUGCUCUUUUUAGUAUACCAGCUGUUAAAUUAGGCUUACCAUGUCCGAAAGAUAUAAUUGAUCGUUUAAUUAAAUUAGUCGGUGAAUCUCAUGCUAAAAUGAUACUUUAUACAGGUGAUCGAAUAUCUGCUCAACAAGCUCAUUCUAUAGGACUAAUUCAAUAUGUAUGUGAUAAUCAUGAUAAUUUAGAUCAAUAUGUAUUAGAUUUAGCUAGAACAUUGUCAUGUAAUGCUCCAUUAUCCGUACGUUCAAUUAAAAUAAUGAUUGAAAAUGGAAACGAUGAUUUAGCUAUAAAAGCAGCCAUUGAUGCAUGUAGAAAUUCCAAUGAUAUUAUUGAAGGACGAAAUGCUUUUCGAGAAAAACGAGAAGCUAAAUUUCAAGGACAAAAACUGGAAGAACAAAUAAAGCAUGAUGCUCAACAAAAAGAAGCUGAAUGGAAACAUCAGGCAGAACAAAAAGGUACUGAAAUAAAAGAAAAGGCUGGUGAAGCUACCGAUGCAGCUAGAGACAAGUUUCAUGAAGUAAAAGAUGCUGCAAAUAAAAAAGCUAAUGAAAUGAAACUUAAAGCUGAUGAAACUAUUAAUGAUGCUAAACAGACAGGUGCUCAAUUAGCUGAUGAUGCUUCAGAGAAAGCCUGUGAAGUUAAAAAUGCCGCACAACAAAAAGUUAAUGAAAUAAAACCCAAAGUGAAUGAAAAAAUCGAACAAACGAAAGAAGCUGGCGCUCAAUUAGCUGAUGAUGCUUCAAAGAAAGCUGGCGAAGUUAAAAAUACUGCUGAAACUACAACAAAUAUUAUCAUUGGAACAGCUAUUCAUGCUAAAGAUGUUACAGUUGAAAAAGUUCAAGAAAUUGGACAUACUGUCGUUGAAACUGUACAAAAUAUUCCAGAAGUUGCUGCUAAUGCAGCUAGUUUUGUUGGUGAGAAACUUAGUGUUGCUGGACAAUGGGCUGCUGAAAAAGCUUCUGAAGUCGGUACAGCUACUAUGCAAUCAGCACAAGAAGCUAUUCAUAGUCUUACUGCAUUCGCAGGCGAAGCUACAGCGAAGGCCGAAGAAACAACCGAUAAAGCUAAAGAAAAAGGUAGAAAAAGAAAUAAGCAACCCUAUUUAAUUGAAUAG